AUGACAGUGAGGGGAGCAGGGGAAGAACUGAACACAGAUGAACUGACCGGCAGAAGGGACAACAUCUCACUGCAAGACAUGGCAACUGCUGCCACGGCUGCAAGAGAAGCAGGAGAAGGAGGAGAAGAAGAUGUGACAAUGAGAGUGAUGCUUCUGCAGUCUGUUAACACUGUCAUCUUUAUCUUCAACUGA